AACUUAAUGGAGGACAAUCUUUCCUGCCCAUGGUGAAUUGUGAACAAAUAAUCUUCUGCUUUUGGAGAUUUUGAAGUAGCAAUCACUCAUUACUUGGUCGUCAAGCAAAUGUUUGGCGAUCGAUUAGAAAUGCCUUGGAGAUAGACCAGUCGAUUGCGAUCGACCGGUUGGUGACCACUGGAGGAAAGGAAUGCAGUACUGAGACAGAAGACACUGGACAACUCCAGGAUGGCAACAGACACUGCAUCCCUGCAGACUCCUGGCUCCAAGAUCAUGACCUUUCACCCUUCCAUGGAGGAGUUUAAGGACUUCAGCCGUUACAUCGCCUACAUGGAGUCACAAGGAGCUCACCGAGCUGGAAUGGCUAAGGUUAUUUCACCCAAAGACUGGAAGCCCAGACGUACCUAUGAUGACAUAGAUGACCUGGUGAUCCCUGCUCCUAUACAGCAAGUGGUGACUGGCCAGUCCGGUCUCUUCACACAGUACAACAUCCAAAAGAAACCCAUGACCGUCCGAGAGUUCCGCAAGACUGCCAACACAGACAAGUUCUGUAACCCCCGAUAUGUGGAUUUUGAUGAGCUGGAGAGAAAGUUUUGGAAGAACCUGACUUUUAACCCCCCUCUCUAUGGAGCGGAUGUCAACGGAACACUCUAUGAUCCAGACGUGACAGAGUGGAACAUUGGUCAUCUGAACACUAUCCUGGACACUGUUGAGAGGGAGAGUGGGAUCAAGAUCAAAGGGGUAAACACUCCUUACCUGUAUUUUGGCAUGUGGAAGAGUACCUUCGCCUGGCACACUGAAGACAUGGAUCUCUACAGCAUCAACUACCUUCACUUUGGAGAGCCCAAGUCCUGGUAUGUUGUUCCCCCUGAACAUGGCAAGAGAUUGGAGCGUCUCGCUAAAGGGUUUUUCCCUGGGAGUGCUCAGAGCUGUGAAGCUUUCCUGCGGCACAAGAUGACUCUAAUCUCACCCUCCAUCCUGAAGAAAUACGGCAUACCAUUUGAGAAGAUCACCCAGGAGGCAGGCCAGUUCAUAGUGACCUUCCCUUUUGGCUACCAUGCUGGUUUCAACCACGGCUUCAACUGUGCAGAGUCCACUAACUUUGCCACACAGCGAUGGAUCGAUUAUGGCAAAAUAGCCACACUGUGCUCAUGCCGUAAAGACAUGGUGAAGAUCUCCAUGGAUGUGUUUGUGAGGAAGUUCCAACCAGAUCGCUACAAGGCAUGGAAGGCAGGGAAGGACAACAUUCCUAUUGACCACUCCAAGCCCACGCCAGAGGCUGCUGAGUUCCUGACGGGAGAGAAGACAGGGGAGCCUGGAAAGGAGGGUCCAAGCCCCAGCGAGGCCCCUGACCAGGAGGAGGAUACCACAGGCACCACUACUCAGGAGGAGACGAGCAAGCUGAAGGUUGGGAAAAAGCGCCAGCGGGAAGCAGUUGUGGAGGCAGAGGAGGAUGAAGACACUGAGCAAGCUAAGGAGGAAGGAGAGGUAGCGCAAAAGAAAGUCAAGCUGGAUCAGUGGAGUGGAGGACACACCCCAGCACACAAAGAGCCAAAGCCAGAGGACGUUAAAAAUGAGCUAACAAAGCUACCACCCAACGCAAAGACCAACCGAAACACAAACGCCAGCCGAAAGCUAGCACUUCAGAUGAAAGCCAAUAACUCUAUUAAAUCCACUCUAAUUAAGUCUCAGCCACAGACUAACAGUCAGUCAACCCAACCAGCAGUACCAGGCCCCUCCUCCCAAAGCUCAGAGAAGGCCGGCCCCAGUGAGGAUGUGAAGCCUCCAGCACCAGCCAACAGCCCCAGCCCUGCUCACCGACUCUUCCAGAGGACCCUGAGCCCGGCAGACGUGCUGCAUGUCCACAGCUACGCCAAGGGAGACUACAGCGAGGGAGAGAGCAAGGAGAUGAGGAGCGAUAGUAGUGAUAGUGAAGGAGAGGAACAGGACGACAGCAAGGGGGCAGAAGAGGGAGCGGAGGAUGAAGGUGUGCAAAGCAAACUGGGGAAGCUGCCUCGCCAUCACCCUCUGAUGAAGGACAGCAUGAGUGACGAGGAGCUGCCAGAGCAGCCCCCAGUAGAGGAGGAUGGGUUAGAGGGAGAGCUGUGGGCCAAGCCCUUCGUCCACCUGUGGCAGAACAGACCCCCCAGCCUGAAGAGAGAGAAGGAGUACAACCGUCGCAUGGGCCUCCAGGCCCCAUACUGCUCCGUAUGCUCAUUGUUCCAGACCUACCAGCGGACGGAGUGUGCUGAUGACUGUAACACUCCAGUGGUGUUGCCUGGAGGCAGACUGAGGACUAAGCCUCUGAUUGCUGAGAUGUGUUUCACUACCACCACCGAGCCAGAGGAGGGUGCUGAGGAGCAGGCGCUUGGAGCCCUGGCGCCCACCACCCCUCACCUGGAGCCAGACGGCACCAGCCUGCUCAUCAGCUGCUCCCACUGCAGUGUCCGCAUACACACCAGCUGUUAUGGCGUGGAUCCAAAGAUUGUUACUAAGGACUGGAAGUGUGCUCGCUGUAAGGCCAACGCCAUGACUGAGAGUUGCUGUUUGUGUUCGCUGAGGGGUGGAGCCUUGCAGAAAGCCAACAACAACAAGUGGGUCCAUGUGCUGUGUGCAGUAGCAGUGUUGGAGGCUCGCUUUGUGAACAUCACUGAGAGAAGCCCUGUGGAUCUGAGUGGGAUUCCUCUACAGAGGUUUAAACUGAAAUGUUACUACUGUAAGAAGCGGAUGAAGAAGACGUCCGGGUGCUGUGUGCAGUGUUCCCAUGGCCGCUGUUCUACGGCCUACCACCCUACCUGUGCCCAGGCCGCUGGGGUCCUCAUGCAGCCAGACGAGUGGCCUUUCGUGGUCUACGUCACCUGCUGCCGGCACAAGGGCCCUAUUCAGACAGAGCGUAACAAAGCAGCAAUGCAUGAGCUCACCGUGGGACAGAGGGUGAUCUGUAAGCACAAAAAUGGCCGCUACUAUCAGUGUGACGUGGUGCAGCUUUCCAAGGAGACGUUCUAUGAGGUCAACUUUGAUGACGGUUCCUUCAGCGACAACCUCUUUCCCGAGGACAUCGUGAGCCGGAAUUGUGCCCAGCUAGGCCCCCCACCGCAGGGGGAGGUGGUGCAGGUCCGGUGGACAGAUGGUCUAGUAUACGGGGCCAAGUUUGUGGCUGCUCACGUCAUCCAAAUGUACCAGGUGGAGUUUGAAGACGGGUCACAACUAACAGCCAAGAGAGAUGAUGUCUAUACCCUGGAUGAGGAGCUGCCCAAGAGAGUCAAGUCAAGACUGUCCAAGGCGUCAGACAUGCGUUUCGAUGGUAUAUUUGAGGACAAGGAGGCCAUCCAGCAGUCGAAGAGGCAGAGAGUGAUCAACUCACGGUACAGAGGAGACUACAUUGAACCUGUGAUCUACAGAGCCAUCAUGGAGUAGCCUGCCGACUACAGCAUGGAGUAGCCUACUCUACCAACAAAUCACCAGCACUGAUAUUCCUUAUCCAGACUUCUGCUCACUUUACCUUAAUUUAUCCACUGAGUGAGUAAGUGUAGCUCUGACUAAAGGACUGAAAAUAACUGUCCAACCCCUAGUUUAGACUAUUUGUCUUUUUCUUCAAUUCAUCCCUUCAUCAUUCCAGCAUUAGGCACUGGUUUCCCAGACACUGUUUAAGCCUUGUCCUGGACCAAAAAUAUCUUUCCAGAACUAGACUUGAUCUGUGUCUAGGAAACCUGUCCCUAUGGUUAUUACCAUCCAUGUCACGUUUUAUGCUACUCUGCCAGUGCCCAGUAGCAGUAAUUUGUGUAUUGAAUGAAGUGAUAUUGGCCCUUGAUUUUUGCUCCCAAACAAGAUUUAGCUUUCUAAUAAUAAUAAUAAUAAUAACAAUUCACUCAAUAUAAUUCAUUGGUAGGAAGGAUUUCCUCAAGGGAGUGAAGCAGACACAAAAGUUAUUGCCACUCAUCCUCAUAAACACUGACUCAAUAUUUGACAGAAUGUUGCCAGUUGUUAUUUUAAGUACAUAUGUAUAUAUUUUCCUAUGUAUACUGAACAAAAAUAUUAACACAACAUGCAAAAAGUUCAAUGAGUUACAGUUCAUAUAAGGAAAUCAGUCAAUUUAAAUAAAUAAAUU